CGCGAGGCGGAAGAAGGCGGAAGUUGUUGGCGAUUUUUUGUUGUAUUUUCAGUCUUUUUCCCCUCCUUCAAUGUCUUUUUCGUCUUCUUCGUCCUCCUCGUCCGCUGCUGCUCGUCUGGCAGUCACUCUCGGACACCUCGCGCCGCAACAUGCGUCGUUCGGAACCGCUGACUGCGCUGCCGCUGCGCUCACGACGCAGCAGCCAGCCAAGGGCAACAAGCUCAAGUACACUCAUGACAUUGCGUCGACCAUUCUCACCCGCGAGCAACGCCGGUUCUACGAAGACAAUGGGUUCCUGCUGGUCAAGAAACUCAUCGAUCCCAGCGUCCUCAAUGAAAUCAAGGAUCACUUUGUUGCGCUCUGCAACGGCGAGAAGGAACGCUUCUCGACCACCACCGUCAUGCGCGACGUGACGCUGGCCAAGCAAAAGGGCCUGAAGGGCGAGCGCGCCGUCACCAAGGUGCAGGACUUCCAGGACGAUCCCGACCUCUUCCGCUACUGCCAGCUGCCCGAGGUGCUCAAGUACGUGCAGUGCUUCACUGGGCCCAACAUUCGCACCAUCCACACGAUGCUGAUCAACAAGCCCCCGGAUGUGGGCCCCACGGGCCGCCAUCCGCUCCACCAGGACCUCGUCUACUUCCCGAUGGAGCCUGCCAACCGCAUCUGCUGCUCCUGGACUGCGAUGGAGCCAGUCACGCGCGCCAACGGCUGCCUCGUCGUUCUCCCGGGCACCCACAAGGGCGAGCUUCUCGAGCACGGCUACCCGGAGUGGGAGGGCGGCGUGAACAAGGCCUACCACGGCAUCAAGUCGGCGCAGCAGGAGAAGGGCGACCUUGUCUACCUCGAGAUGGAACCUGGCGACACGGUCUUCUUCCACCCGAUUCUCAUCCACGGCUCCGGCGCCAACAAGACCUCGGGCUACCGCAAGGCCAUCAGCGGCCACUAUGCCUCUGCCGGCGAGUGCUCGUACAUUGAUGUCACGGGCGGCCCCCGCGAGGAGCUUGCCCGCGAGAUUGAGGAAAUGGCCAAGGCCAAGCUGCGCACUGACGAGCACAUUAAGAUUCAGGACAUUUGGCGCAUGAAGAGCCGCCUUGUGCAAGGCGAGGAUGUCACUCUGAUUUGAACAGCUCGAGUUCUUGGUCCUUGAAUGUAGGAGCAUGGUUUGUUUUUUUGCAGGGCAGCUUGAGCUGGUUGUUGCUAGUGCUGCUCUUGUUGUUCUUGCAAACGUGUGAGAAUGAAAAAGUGUGAAUAGAGUCUGAUUUGUUUGCC